CGCAUUUUCUAUGUCUGCCCAGUCAUAGUUGCAUAAAAUACAUGGAAAACAGUGGCCCUAAGGGAAUGAAAUGUUAAUACAUGCAGAAAUGACAAAAAAAUGAGGGAAGUGUCUGAUCUCGCCUCCACCACAGUUUGUGUCACUUGCAUCACAGGAUGAGGAAGUGACGGCUCGAAGCCUAAUUUCAGGUCACAUUUUCAUUUCCUAAAUAUCGAAGCUGAUCAUUUGGCCCCUUGGCGUGGAUACAGCAGCUGCUUAAAGGCCUUUGAUGCAGAGGUUUUGGACCAGUGAGACCAAAUGGAUCCAGUAACUCAGCCGGGAGAAUCCCAAACAUUAUUUGAUGUAGAAACCACAGGGGAAGUGCAAAAGAUUUUACAGACCAGCUCGGAGAACGAUCCAAAGCUUAAGGAACUAAAGACGUUCCUUAUUGACUGGAUCAACAAUGAGUUAAAGGAAGAACAUAUCGUGGUGAAGAGCCUGGAAGAGGACGUCUUUGACGGUUUAAUUCUUCAUCACCUUUUGCAGAAAAUUGCCAACACCCAAAUAGAAGUGGAAGAAAUAUCCUUAUCCGCUAUCAACCAGAAAAGGAAGCUGGGAGUGAUACUGGAAGCCGUGAAAACACAUCUGCAACUGGAGGAAAGCCAGCUGAUGUGGGAUGUGCACUUGAUCCACAGUAAGGACCUUCUUGCCACCCUUCAUCUCCUUGUUGCCCUAGCCCGCCAUUUUCGGCCCGAUCUUCCGCUUCCUCCAAAUGUGUCGGUAGAGGUAAUUGUUGUGGAGCCAACAAAAACCGGGAUGAAGACCGGAAAAGCUAUCGAAUUUCUUACCAAAAGCAGCGACGAAGACGCGGCUCUCAAGAAGGACGGAUUCGAUCAACUUUUUGAGCUUACUCCGCAUACAGUAAAUGAUGUUAAACAGGCAAUGCUGAAUUUUGUGAAUAAGCAGUUGUUGACUUUAAGCCUUGCGGUGACAGAUCUCGACACUCAGUUUGCGGACGGGGUCAUUCUCCUGCUGUUGGUCGGACAACUUGAAGGUUAUUUUAUAAACCUGUCUACAUUCUUCCUGACACCCCAGUCACAGGAGGAUAAGCUUCACAACGUUUCUCUUGCUCUGGAUUUCCUCUUAGAUGGAGGGGUGUUACAGAACCCUGUUGAUCCUGCAGAGAUCGUGAAUGGAGAUUUAAAAACCACCCUGCGCGUCUUGUACAGCCUGUUCCUCAAAUAUAAAAAAGCCUUUAAACCUUGAAGACGCAGUCGGAUCGAGUCUCAUCACCUGACGCCGAGGAUGAGAUCUUCUUUAUUUGUUUUCAAUUUUAGAUUUCGGAAAAAAAAAAAAAUAUUUUCUUAUUUUUUUUAUUUAAAGGGGUAUUCCGGGCAAAAGCAUUUUAUCCCCUAUCCAAAGGAUAGGGGAUAAGAUGUCUGAUCGCGGGGGCCCCGAUGCGGUGACCCCCACGAUCUC